GCGCGCGAGGCUCGGGGGAGGCGCGCUCGAGCUCCCGGCGGCGACGACUACGACGACCAGGAGAGCGGUCGGAGGCGGCGCCUGAAGCAGCGGCGGAGCCCAUGCCCCGGGACGGCGGGCGGGCCCGGAGACACAAGCCCGGGGUCCGGGACAUGUCCCCGGGGCCCCCGUGAGGAGGCGGCGGCGGCGGCGGCGAUGGAGAUCCCGCCGCAGGAGGCGCCGCCCGGGGCGGGCGCGGACGGCGACGCCGAGGAGGCCCCCGCCGAGGCCCCAUCUCCCAGCCCCGCAUCGUCCCCCGCCGACGGGCGCCUCAAGGCUGCGGCCAAGCGCGUCACGUUUCCCUCCGACGAGGAUAUCGUGUCCGGAGCGGUGGAACCCAAAGACCCCUGGAGACACGCCCAGAAUGUGACCGUGGAUGAGGUCAUCAGUGCCUACAAGCAAGCCUGCCAGAAGCUGAACUGCAGACAGAUCCCCAAGCUCCUCCGGCAGCUCCAGGAGUUCACAGACCUCGGACACCGCAUCGACUGUCUGGACCUGAAAGGUGAGAAGCUCGACUACAAGACCUGCGAGGCCCUGGAAGAGGUCUUCAAGAGGCUGCAGUUCAGGGUCGUGGAUCUGGAGCAGACGAACCUGGAUGAGGAUGGUGCUUCGGCCCUCUUUGACAUGAUUGAGUACUACGAGUCAGCCACCCACCUCAACAUCUCCUUCAACAAGCACAUUGGCACCCGGGGCUGGCAGGCCGCUGCCCACAUGAUGCGCAAGACGAGCUGCCUGCAGUACUUGGACGCCCGAAACACGCCCCUGCUGGACCACUCCGCGCCCUUUGUGGCCCGCGCCCUGCGUAUCCGCAGCAGCUUGGCAGUGCUGCAUCUGGAGAAUGCCAGCCUGUCGGGGCGGCCCCUCAUGCUGCUUGCCACGGCACUGAAGAUGAACGUCAAUCUUCGGGAGCUCUACUUGGCCGAUAACAAGCUCAACGGCCUGCAGGACUCGGCCCAGCUGGGCAACCUGCUCAAGUUCAACUCCUCCCUGCAGAUCCUGGAUCUCCGGAACAACCAUGUGCUGGACUCAGGUCUGGCCUACAUCUGCGAGGGCCUCAAGGAGCAGAAGAAGGGGCUAGAGACCCUGGUGCUGUGGAACAACCAGCUGACGCACACUGGCAUGGCCUUCCUGGGCGUGACGCUGCCUCACACACACAGCCUGGAGACACUGAACCUGGGCCACAACCCCAUCGGGAACGAGGGCGUGCGGAACCUCAAGAACGGCCUCAUCAGCAACCGCAGCGUGCUGCGCCUUGGCCUGACCUCCACCAAGCUCACGUGCGAGGGCGCGGUGGCCGUGGCAGAGUUCAUCGCUGAGAGCCCCCGCCUCCUGAGACUGGACCUUCGGGAGAACGAGAUCAAGACAGGCGGGCUCAUGGCACUGUCCUUGGCCCUCAAGGUGAACCACUCACUGCUGCGCCUCGACCUCGACCGUGAGCCCAAGAAAGAGGCGGUGAAGAGUUUCAUCGAGACGCAGAAGGCGCUGCUCGCAGAGAUCCAGAACGGCUGCAAGCAGAACUUCAUGCUGGCGCGCGAGCAGGAGGAGAAGGAGCAGCGGCUGCAGCUCUCCGCCUCCAUGCCUGAGAUCACCGUCACCGAGCCCCAGCCCGACGAGGAGCCCGGGGACGAGCCCACCACCAGGGCCCAGGAGAACGGGGCCACGGGCCCUGGUGCCAGGCCGGACUCAGACUCAGACUCAGACUCCGAGGAGGAGGAUGGGGAGGAAGAGGAUGGGGAGAGGGCUGAGGCCCCCUGCCCCGCCCUGGUGCCCCCCUCGGACUCCCUGGGCUCUGGGGACAGGAGCCCCCCAGGCAGCCCCUCCUCCCCCACCGAGCAGCGUAUUUCUGUGUCCAGCCCAGGCCGGGGCCACAAAGUGUUUGUGGUGACUCGGGUGGAGAGUCCUCCCGAGAGGGCAGAGCCCCCGGUUCCCCCCGUCCCUCUUUCCCCCCCUGCUCCUGCUUGUCCUCCCUCCCCACCUGCUUUAUCCCCCCCGCCCACCUCACCUGCCCUGCCACGGGCUGAGGCCGUCGGCACUCGGGACCCAGGGGUGUUGGAGCCUCAGUCACAGCUGGAGCUGCCUCAGUCAGGGUCACCGCUGCCCAACGGCCUGAAGCCUGAGUUUGCCCUCGCACUGCCCCCAGAGCCACCCCCGGGACCUGAGGCCAAGGUGGGCAGCUGUGGCCUGGAACAUGAACUGAGCUGCUCCAAGAACGAGAAGGAGCUCGAGGAGCUGCUUCUGGAAGCCAGUCAGGAAUCUGGGCAGGAGACACUGUGACACUUUAGGUGAGGUGGGGACAAGAGCCAGAGGGCAGGGGUUCUGGGGGCUGGCAGUAGAGCCCCUGGCUCUGACAGGCCCUCCCCCCUCUUCUCCCCAAGUUCCUUUUUUCCGGUCAGUCUUCGAUGAGCUGAGGCCAGAGCCAUGAGAAUCUGCUCAUCCUCAUCCCCAGCCCCAGCCUUCCUGAGGCCUGGGCCACCAGGGGUGUGGGGGGCCUUUCUGGGGACCCCUGCCCCCCACAGCAACACUACACAGAGCGCAGGAGCCGCAGGGAUUGGCCUCCCUGCCCUGUCUUAAGCACUAUCUCUGUGUCCAGCACUCGAAGGCUCUGGGCUGGGGGGAUGGGAGGAGCGCUCUCUCCGAGGACAUCAGCCACAAGGCUGGACGCCUUUUCCAGAUGGCCUGUUUGGCCAGGCUUGCCCCGUGGAGGGCAGGAGUCCUGGGUGGUGGUGGGAUGGCCCCCGGUGUCCCUGGGUGCAGGGCCAGGCAGGAGGCAUGACAAGGGAGGGGCGGUGAGCGGUGGUGGUGGAAAUUGGUAGAGCAGCCCCAGGCAGGGUGAGGGCCAGGGCUGGGGGUGGGGUGGGGGGGAGCUGGGAGCAGAGGAUCAGAGCUUUCUUUCUCUUAAGUGCAAUAAAUCUAUCAGGGAGCUGGGGUGGGGAGCAGCCAGGGUUCUAGAGACCCUGCUGUCCAGGCCCCUUGAAGCUGCGCCCUGAGAGGCACUACAACCCGUGGGGGGGGGGGGGGGGGGGGGGGGGGAGGGGGGGGGGGGGGGGGGGGGCUACUCCUGUUGGUGCAACUCUGUUCACACCUUUUCUAAUAAACCAGAGCUGGG